AUGGAAGUAACAGUUACAAGGGCUCCUGACGCUGUAGCGCCUACUGAUACCACCUCCCCUCAAAUCCCUUAUCGUCUACCAGGUUGUGCUAAGUCUGAAGUGUCAAUCACUCUUGCGAUUAUCCCUCCCUCGCGACCACUGACUCCCCAACAAGAGGACGAACAGCCAGCAUCCCCCUACCCUUCCCAGACCCUCUUUCCAACCUCCCCAAUCACACGCACUCGCAGUGGUUCGAUUGCAUCCUCCUUUGACAUAGCAAGCGACUCCGAAGCGUACCUGAACUCGGCCGCAACUUCGGUCACAGAUAUCUCACUUGCUACGGACACCAGCGACAUCGCCUCACCAGAUACGACCAUCUACCACAUCUAUCGUAACGGCAGUGCACAUAAUAACCUCAGUAUUCAUACGGUCAAGGACUCGACUCUGAAAGAGACAUUGCAAGAGCCCGAUGGCCCCCCAAUUAUCAUUGACAAGGGCGACCCAAUCUCAACCCGCAUCAGCAAGUUCAAGAAUCGGAAGUCCAAGUUGCCAGCGAAGAAGGUGAAGGUCGAAGAUCCAGAGAUGGAUCCACGUAAAGCCACGUACUACAUGCAUUCCCCAAUGAUAUAUUGGCGUUGCCCAGCACAAACUUUGCGGUUCGGACACAACAAGACGGCUCCGAUUGUCUGUUUAGUGGAAGGAGGUUGGUUCUGGAGGACCUGGAGAAUGGACUUUGUUGUCCCAGAGAAGGAAUCGAAGAAAUCGGGGAAGCAGAAUCGCAUUGACAGUGGCUUCGCUGGUGGCGAGGAUAAGGGCAAAUCUGGGAAAGAGUGGAAGAGCUUAAAUGAACCGGGGGUUAUCGACCCACGAGGCGUUCUGGCGUCUAAAUAUCCACUUAGGCUCUCAGGGCAUAGAAAGGGGGAGAGUGGAAAGAAAUAUCUAACCGAACGCGCCGAACGACAAAAGGCGAAGGGCGCACCACCGGAUCAGCAAUUGAAGCGGUCAAAAAGCUUUUCCGAUACCGCCCGACGCAUCUUCCGUUUGAAUACCGCUUCGCCAACUUCAAAGCCUAAAGGCGAAGAAAAAGUUACAACAGAAGCGAAAACCGGAGACACGGCUGAGCCCACAACUGAACCCACAACUGAGUCUACCACUGAAACCACAACUGAGCCCACAACUGAGCCUACAACUGAGCCUACAACUGGGUCUACAACUAGGCCUACAAGGGAAGAGGAAAUUGAGUCGAUGCUCCCAUCCGGUCCUAAGCCAGAAGACCUGCCCGACCACCUAAAGCCUGAGACUUUAGAGGAAGGGAGCCUGCUGAUGAAGUGGUCCGGUUGGCUCACUCGGGAAUACGACUUCAAGUGGAGGGGUAUAGAAUUUGUAUGGAAAGGAACCGGCACGGUCCGGGACGAGAAGAAGUAUUGGGGUUCUUUGUCCCGACUCAGUCACCUGAAGCUCGUGGCAAAGUUCCCCGAGGAACCAGAAGAGGAAGUAGAAGGGGUCACCGCCACCGAGACCAAAGGCGAUAAAAAGGGGCCCCAAAUCACAAUACGUCGACAAAAUAGUUUCUCUAGUUUCGUCUCUACGAUCUCUAGGAAAUGCUCGAACGCUAGCCAAUUGUCUGUUAGCGGCGGCGGAAAGCCAAGAGGCCACCGCGAGGUCGUGGUUGCGAAAUAUACCUGUUUGCUCGCCAAGAGGAAGUGCGGGCGAUUGGUAAUAUAUGAGAAGGCGCUGAGGGAAACGACGUAUUUGACUUUGGAGGGACAUAAUCCGGAUGUUGCGAGGGAGAGACUUAGACAUGUUGUUAUUGCUACGGGACUUUGCAUGUUGCAGGCUGAGAAGCAAAAACGGGAUGUAAUAAAGAGGAUUAUCGAGAUGGGUGUGCCCGAGGUUUCGAAUGUUGCUGGGUAGUUCUUCCAGUUAUACAUUAGCAUUAAUUCUAUAUUGGUAUCUACGUCUCUACCACCACAGGUGAAACCUCCUCUGAGUAGCUGGGUAUUUGUGGAUUGCAGGCCAGAAGAGCUAGUUCCCCCAAUAUAUACCAACUACGCCGAGAAGCUUCUCCCUCCCUCUCCCCCUCUGCCAAGGGCCAGACAGUGAUCCAAACCCACCCCCCGACCCGGGCAGUGCUAAAACCCACCCAGGCCGGGGAGCCGGGUGGAUCGCUCACAGUUGAUCAACAAGAGAUAUUUCCAGACUCAGCUGUAACUAGCCCACCCCGAGCCCACCAAUACAAAGAGACAAUUCGGUGCAAGAUUACUAUUUGGUCGCCUCGGUGGCAUUACUGCUAAAGGCAUACGGUACACAUAUGGAAGUUCCCGGACCCUAUACCAUCCAGGUACUCGAGACGCACGAGCAGCUCUUUCCCAUUUUGACCACCCACCCCAGUUCGGCAUUUGCGAGACAACGUGAGGAUUCAACCCCCUCAUACCAUUUCCGGCAAUUCUCGGGAAAUGUGGUUGUACUAUGUACGAGAUAAUACAGCUUAAUAGAUGUUACCGACACGGCAGGGCGGCGGUUCCAUUUUGACGCCGGUUACCGCGGCGAGAGCAUUGAUAAACUGCUUACAGUACUGUAUGGGUAGUAGUCCUCCGUGUGCGUAGACUACAGCAACUGGGCUGGAACUCAUAACUCAUGAUUACUCAAGCACAUUCUUAUGACAUGUUGAUCUUGAUUCUUAUAAAAGUUAAUAGCAAUGUAAAAAAAUUUAAAGGAAAA